UUGCCGAGGACAGUUGGUUCCAGGCAGACCAGCACGCAGAGGACAUCAUGACGUUUGUGACCAGCAACGACGUGGAGCGAGAUCUCCACAUGGUCGACAUGUUCUCAGCCAGCCAGAGAGGUCACAAAGUGUUCGAAGAGUGUGGGUAUCAGAGUGCAGCUGUCGAUAUUCUACUCGAUCCACGUCACGACAUUACCGCAAAAGAUGGGUUCUUCAUGAUAUUGCUACUCUGCCUGAGGUUGGUCCCUCUGGGUUUGGUGAUGGCAGGACCACCUUGUUCAUUAUUCAUUUAUUUGUCUUCGUCUGUGCACAAACGAUCUUCUGCUGACCCCUUGGGCAACCUGUCCAACAAGAAGGUGCGCCUAAGUAAUCUGAUCGUUAUGAACGUGUGUGCCAUAUUACGUUGCCUCAUCACCCGGGGUGUGAAUGUCAUUGUCGAGCAGCCAGCUAACUCUUGGAUGUUCUCUCACCCGAGCAUGGUGGACUUGAUUGCAGCGAGCAGUGGUACACUGAAGGUGAUCACAACUUGGAUGGGUUGUUUUGGCCAUGACAUGGCGAAGUGCACGCAUUUGCUGACCAACAUGCCAACCGCCCGUUUGUUGAUUCGCACCAUGAACUUGCGCCAGUGGAAAAGAGAUCAUCCAAACAAGGCGAAGUUCUGGGAGGAGGCCCAGAUUGGUUCGAUCAAGCAUCGUUGUCUUGUCUCCAUAGCCGUUCAUGCCCUGGCGCAUCUGAACCUUGGCCCCUACCUCAGCGAUCCGAGCGACACCGUGAUCGCCAUGGCCUCGGCGGCCUCCGACUGUGGCUCUGUUCAGGGCGCCACCUCUUCCGUGGUGGAGUACGCGUGCGAGAAGUGCGAGGACCCCACGACCAUCAGCAUGUCGUACCCAGUUAACAAGGACAAGCCCUUUGACAAAAGGAAGUGCACUGAUUGCUGCAACACGGAUCGCAACCUCCAGCGCAGGAAGAUGAUGGAUAGUUUCAAGAAGAAGUCCAAAGAGGAGAAGGUGAGGUUUUACAGGGACCGCAAGGGAAAGAAGAACAGUGCGUUCGAUUCGGGUGACCUGGAGGUGUCUGUCUCCGAGUCCGAUAUCAAGAAGAAAGGGACCACUGAGAUUGAUAAGUACGUCCCGAGGGCCACGUGGCAGGGCAGGCGCAUCGUCGAGGACCCGUCAAAGAAGGAUUGGACGCAGCAGCAGUGGGAUACGGAGUGGAAGCGUGUCCUGGAUGACCCUGACACGAUGAAGAUGUACGUGAGGGGUCAGUGGUGCAUCGGGGAGUUCGAGGGCGUCGAGGUGAAGUCGGGCCAGUCGAAGAAGAUCACGACCUCCAUCAAGCGCAAGAGCGUGGCGGAGAACGCCGACCAGCUGGGCAAGCUCGCUUCGGAGGCUACCGACACAAGCAAAAAAUGGGCGAGGACGAGCUCUUCGAUCAUUCCGAUCAUUGCUACGCCGGGAGAUGAGCAGAUGCCCUACGCUCCCGUGGAGGGCGAGGUCACGGCCCAGGUACACGACACCAAGUUCCUCGCAGCGUGCCAGCACGACCUCGCGAUGCAGGCGCAGAGGGAACAGGAGGAUGGCGUUGAGGAGCAGCAGUCCAGGACCCCGACGAAGCCCAGCGAGAAGAAGGAGCGCUCGAAGAUGGUCUUGCAGCUGGCGUGGGAUGCAGAGGUUUCUAAACAGAGUGCUGUGGUGAUCGCGUCUGUUACUACGAAGCGCGAGAAGAUGGACACUGCCAUUGCCGAGUCGCUCGGCUUGGAGGACAUGACCACGGAUAACACCAAGGAGAUGACCGAGACUGCAGAGGCGUGCCGCCUCGCCUUCACUACUCUCAAGACGGAGAGCGAUGCCGCCACUGCUGAAUGGUCAGCCUUGAAGAAGCCGUCUACUGAGGAUGAGUUCAAGCAGAUGGUGAAGGCGAUGGCCGAGGAGAAGCAGAAGUGGACAACGCCGAAGCUAUUCAACAAGACAACCAAAUCGUUCGUGGAGAGGUUGAAGGAGCUCACCGACAAGGUCAGGGACUACACCAAGGCUGCUGACAUGGCCAGGAAGAGCAAGGCUAGCCAGAGCGCGGCCGCUCUUCGCUCAGAGCACCUGGCGGACAAGAUGAGCCGCGAGCAUCAGAUCAUCCCCAGCUCCAGCAGGCUGCGUCACUCCGUGCAGAGCGCGGGCGACGAGUUCAAGCACCACGUCGGCUCGAACUUGAUCGCAGGGUACUUCGCCACAGAGGUUGGCGCAUCCGUCGGGACCGAGCCAGCGCUCUUGAAGGCGGCCAUCGCCGACAAGGUGAUCCAGCUCCCCUACUACAAGUCGCACAGCAAUUGGGUGAGCAACUACAUUCAGAAGAACGGGCUCGUCGGCGCCAACAGCGACAUCGUGAGCGCUCAGGCGGCCGCUGCGAUCUCGAAGCUUGCCAGGGCCGCCAUCGACGCCAGGACGUUUAACAAGGUCGGGGGCACCGAGGCGGUCAACAGCGCCUUCAACAUGCAGUUCUGGCACAACACGAAGGAGUGGUCCCAGGUGGCGCUGACUCCGAACUGCCUGCCAGAGGGUCGCCUCACGUUACAGGGGAGCGAAGUGCUAUUCGGUGUGAAGCUCUCUGCGGUCCUGCCAGUUUCCCUGGUGGAGAAAGUGAAAGCAGUUGGUCAGAUGAGCGUGGAGUGUUUCUUCGGCUUGGUGAGGUCGCAUGGCUUCGCUUUCAAAUCUGAGCCUGGGACGCUCCAGAUCAUCCCGGCGGGCUUCCUGGUGAUCGGCUUCCUUGUCAGCGAGGAGCCGUGCGAGGGCAUGCGCUGGUCGUUCGUGCGCUCGGACGCCGCCGAGCAGGAGCGCAUCCUCAUCAAGACGACCAUGGAGCAGGCGAUGGAGGAGUUCGGGGCUGACGCGACCAUGAAGGCGAUCAGCCUGGCGCUCGGGGCAGCGUGA